AUGACAAUUGAAGUAUCCGUACCACCCAGGAAGGAAUUGGUGACCCGUGUGCUGAAGCAAACCGGUCAUGUUGGCUUCGAUACCCUACCCGAUCAGUUGGUCAACAAAAGUGUACAACAUGGCUUUGCGUUCAAUGUAAUGUGCAUCGGAGAGACGGGUUUGGGUAAGUCAACACUAAUGGAUUCUCUGUUCAAUACUAGCUUCGAAUCUGUGGCCAGUCCUCACACCCUACCCAAUGUAAAACUGAAGGCCAACACCUAUGAACUGCAAGAAAGUAAUGUCCAAUUGAAGCUGACCAUAUGUGACACGGUGGGAUUUGGUGAUCAAAUCAAUAAGGAGAAUUCUUUUAAGGCCAUUGUGGACUACAUCGAUGUACAGUUUGAAUCGUACCUUCAAGAAGAAUUGAAAAUCAAUAGGUCAUUGGUCGAUUUUCAUGAUAGUCGUAUACAUGCCUGCCUCUACUUCCUUUGUCCCACUGGUCAUGGCCUGAAGUCGUUGGAUUUGUUGUGUAUGAAACAAUUGGAUAGUAAGGUGAAUAUCAUUCCGAUUAUUGCCAAAGCUGACACCGUGUCAAAAGCCGAAUUGAAUAGAUUUAAAUCGAAAAUUCUGGAAGAGCUCAGUAAAAAUGGUGUCAACAUUUAUCGUUUCCCCACCGAUGAUGAAACAGUGGCUGAUACAAAUUCCACCAUGAAUGACCACAUACCCUUCGCCGUGGUGGGUAGUCGGGAAUUUGUGAAAAUUGGUAACAAACAAGUUCGUGCCCGCCAAUAUCCCUGGGGUACAGUGCAAGUGGAAAAUGAGGUCCAUUGCGAUUUUGUCAAGCUAAGAGAAAUGUUAAUACGCACCAAUAUGGAAGAUAUGCGUGAGCAGACGCACAACAAACACUACGCCCUGUUUCGUCAGACGCGACUCCUCGAAAUGGGAUUUUGCGAUUUGGAUAAUGACAAUAAGCCAGUGUCAUUCCAAGAAAUUUUCGAAGUGAAAAGGUCGACACAUCUCAACGAACUGCAAGCCAAAGAGGAAGAAGUCCGCCAAAUGUUUGUUCAGCGGGUGAAAGCUAAAGAGGCGGAAUUGAAGGAAAAUGAACGAGAAUUGCAUGCCCGCUUUGAUAAGUUGAAAAAGGAACAUGCCGAAGAGAAGCGGAAGUUGGAAGAGACUCGUCAAAAACUGGAGGAGGAAUAUAUUGAAUUUACCACGCACAAGAAUCAUUACACAUCGAGUAAUCACACAAUGACUUUGGGGAAAAGGGGAAAGAAGUAA